CUCAGGCGAGGUUUUAGGACGACGUUGUGUCUCAGAGAGCUUUCAGACUGUUCCAUUCUCCCCAUAAAACUUGAGACCAUAAGAACACCAACUCCAGAUACACCGAUUGCAGUUAGACGACGCAAUUCGUGUCGUCUUGGUGACAGUCCAGUAGUUGCCUUGUCUCUAGUCGCCGGGGCGCGAGAACCUCGCGGCAGUACGAUCGGGGCGGGGUGUGAAACGGGCUUCGGGCGAGGCUAUCCUCCUCUCGGUUGCCUCGACGCAUCCUCUGGUCUGAGUCGCGCCAACCGGGCACACUUCUCGGCCUCAGAGACUCGAUCCAACCACGCCGUCCGCACGCUUCUUCACUUGACUGACUCGACCCAACCUCCACUCCCACCUCACACCCCCUUCCGGGCCACUUGGAAGCGCUGGUCACAGCCCGUGCCGAAGCGGUUGAGGCCUGCGCUCUGGCCCGUCCGACACGUCGUAGCCUUCCGGACAAACGGUUUUUUUUCCAGCUCUCCUCCCUCAUCCCACCAGAGCCACCUGUACCCCCAAUUAGACGAUUGGCCUGUUGGCUGGCCUACCUGCCCCUCAAAAGUUUAUCACACUAUGACGAACAUGUGGUGGACAUGGGCCGCUUGUCUGCGGUUCGUCUGUCGGUCUGCGGCCACCUCAUCCCUGCGGAUCGCCGCGUGUCCACUGUCUUCACACUCGUCAGCCUGGCAGCAGGUCGGCCGCAAGGCGAGACCACAUGCGUCCCGGUGGAGGAUAAGAUGGGACAACUGGAAAAAAGCAACUGGUGCUGGGCUGCUCAAUAAAAUCUUAGCGAAAACACCUCUUCCAAGCGGACGCAGCAGCACGACCAGCUCUCCACCUCACCGGCUUCCCGGGUACAAUUGGACAGCCGGACAGCCGGACAGAGAGACGCAACCAGAUGAGGCCCUGUCUCUUCAUCGCCUGACUGCCCCGUCCUCCACGAAAGACUCGGGCCCAGGUCGGCCUGGGCCGUGGGCAUGUCUUCGUGAUCCCCGAGAAGCCAAUAUAAUCUCAUCUGAGAAGAGUUAA